GCGCGUGACUCUGCCCGUGUGUGUGCCACUGCAAAGCGGUGCGAUGUCAGUCAGUGUUUUAACUAAUUAACAAAGAUGUAUUCAUUAGUAUACUGAAAAUUAGUAUUUUAUUUUGUUGAAAUGGGUACAGUGUGUAGAGAGGUCGUGACCUUACAGCUGGGACACUAUUCAAACUUUGUUGGAACACAUUGGUGGAAUUUACAGGAUGCGUCGCUGGUUUACGAUCCUGACUCGGCGGCGCCCCCUACUGAGCUGCACAGUGACGUGCUCUUCCGGGAGGGCUUCACUCUCGGGGGCCACAUUACGUACACGCCACGCCUGAUUGCCAUGGACCUCAAGGGUAGCCUUCAGACCUUGAAGCAGGAAGGCAGUUUGUAUGAUUUCGGGAAAGAGACCAGUACCUUCACGUGGGAGGGAGAGUUGGUAACCUAUAAAGAAAGCCCUCCAGCAAAGAAUGCUUUUCUUCAGGAUCUGGAUAAACUGGCUGAUGGUGAUAUACUGGCUGAAGCUGACUUCCCAUCUCAGCCAUCUCAACACCCAGAGGCUGUUACUAUGGAAACAGUGAACAGCACUGUGGCCCGCAUUCAGAAGGGGUACCAACUAGAAGGCACUGUGAGGGUGUGGUCUGACUUCCUGCGAAUUUAUUUUCACCCUCGCUCCAUCUCAGUCAUCAACCAGUACAACCACGAUGGGGAGUCCCAGCGUUUGGAAGCAUUUGGCCAGGGAGAGACUCUUCUGCAGGGUUCCGUGCUGGAGGAGCUGGAGGACAAACUGCACUUCUUUGUGGAGGAGUGUGACUACUUGCAGGGAUUUCAAGUGCUUUGUGACCUCGCUGAUGGCUUUUCAGGCUUAGGGUCCAAGGUGACGGAGAUGUUACGUGACUCGUAUGGAGGUCGAGGGAUCCUUACAUGGGGAAUGGCCCCUGUUGCUCACUCAGAUUCGAACCCGAUGAGAGAUGUGUACCAUAUGAUGAACUGUGCCUUGGGAACCAUUAGUCUGGCCAGUCACAGCUCUUUCUUUUGCCCUUUAACUCUUAGAGGUGGGCUGGGCAGACGUCCAUCGCCCCCCACCUUUUUCUCUCACCUUCACUAUGACCCCAUGCAAUGGUACCACUCUAGUGCGGUGCUAGCCCUGGCUCUGGACUCACUCACUGUGCCCUACAGGCUACGCCACAACAGCGUGCCCAUGUGGCAAGUUGCAGAUGCGCUUGUCGUGUCAGGAAGGAAGGUGGUGGCUGCUUAUGGAGCCAUUCCAUUUCCCAUGAUGCAAGGCACUUCCCUUCCCGAUACUCUGGACAGCUUCAGAGAUAAGUUGCCAUGGAAACCUCUAUCAGCUUGUCCUGAGCUAAACGAUGGGCGCUGCUUUGGCCAAUGGGUCACACUUCGUGGCCUUAGUGGCCAGAGCCUUGUGAGUUCUCGAGUUCCUGGGACAGAACCACCCAGCCCUUUACACAGUGCCUGCAGUGGUGAAGAAGUCCUCGCCUCGUACAUUACAGCCCAUUACCCUGGUAGUCCACUUGCAGUGCAGUUGGUGUCCAACCCAAGUAAAGUGACCCCUCCCUUCCCACAGUUUUUCCACCAGUCUUUGGGCCCACAGGGGCUUCUAGAGAGUCGUACCCUUCACCCUCAGUCUGCUGUUACCUGCGUCCCUGUACUCUCCUCCUUGCAGUCUUCUCCAGCCCUGGGACCCUGGCUGCAUGAGAUGCAGCAAGGAGUAAGUGUGUUGGACCCCCGGCGGGUAGCACCCAGCUUCCUGUCCCAGGGUCCUGAACUGGAGGAGUUUCAGGAGGCUCUGGAGCAGCUGCGUACCCUGGCGCACUGUUACAGUGAUAACAACCAUGGACUCUCCUCUUCAGAUGAUGACGAUGAUGGUGACUGACACUUUCCCUGUCUCUCUUUAUGGAAUAAUAACAUAAGAAACAUAGAGAAAUGAAGAAUGAAAGUACCAUCUGAAGGGAAUGACAAAAGAACAAAAAGAAAAAAGAGCAAAGCCAAAGGACUUUGCAUAGUGAAGAAUGACAAUUAUGGAAUAUAAUGGACUUCCUUGGGAAGCAGUAACAGUAUUAAAGUAUUCUUAACCCAUGCACAUAUGUACAUAUAAGCUGUUAAAUUACUAGAGUAUUUUUACUGAUUUGUUUUAUUUUUGACAGUGAUUUCUUUCAUGAUAGCCAACAAAAAAAGGGAUGCCCUUCCUCUAGGGAAACAUGGAUCAUUGGACUUAAUGUUCUCAGGGGGUUGCAGGUGUCGGUGAGCUGUCUUGUAUAUGUAUGAAAAUAAUCUAAAUCACUCUUUUUUUUGUUGUCCUCUUGUUUCACUAUUUGAAGUGUAACUCAGACUGUAACUCCAAUGUGCUCAUGACAUUAAAAUACUGUUUUGCUA